GUGAUUGUUUUCGUAGUUGUAGUAUUUUAUUGCGUAAUACUGGGCAUUGUUCAAUCCAACGAUGUUCACUACCACUACGUACCGCCUCGUCUAUAUUUUGAUGACCUUGCCGAAAGCACGUCACACAUUUUGCGUUUGAUAGGCUCGUUGGCCAAUUACUUCCUCGGCGUCACGAAUCUCAUCGCUUAUUCGAUUAUAUUUGCAUAUCUUUACUGGCGCAAAACUCUCUCCUUCAGCCGGAACGACGAAUUGAGGAUGACCACACAAGUUGCCCUGUUCGUGAUUAUCGAGUGCAUCUUUUUUGUGUACUGGGAAUUUGUCGAGAAAACACAUCUGAUCACCACGGCGUCUGCACUGCUGACAUCUUCGAUUAUAAAAUUGGUAUUUUAUGACUCUAUAAUAUUUCCUUAUUUGCUUAUCAACAAGUGA